AUGGGAUUCCCCGUGGCAGAGGUCAAAGGACUUGGAGACUUUCCGGACUAUGCGACUUUAAGUGGGGUUCCACUUCCCAGCCCGUAUCCCCAGUUCAACAUCGAAAAGGCGCUACCUCGCCCAUAUCGUCCAUUCUGGUGGGCGUAUCACCAAACGAUGUCCUUGACCAAGCUCGAAACAGACUGGUGGAUCGAGCUAGAAAGUACAUACAAAAGCCGCAUUGCCCAGCGCAAAGAACUUUACACCAAACAUGGAAAUGAGAUCCUCGACGCCAUGCCGGGCUCUGAGCUUGCAUGCAAGGAGUUGAUGGAGAUGGUUUUGCAGUUUAUCUGCGCCCGAUACCCGCAUUACUUCACCCUGGUUGACAAGCGCGUAUUGCAGAACAAGAUCCUCGGUACCGAGCAGGACAUCAAAUCCAAGCCCCCUCUGGAAUUCCUUUUAGACAACGUACCAGAGGACUUCGCAAUCAUGCUUCGCGACGAUACGACGGGAUUCUACUUCCUGCGAGCGGCGGUGAUUUGCUCCGCGAUGGGGUGGAAUGUCGCGUCGAAAGUUGGAAAGCAGUUGGAUGAGAUUCACGAGUCGAUUCCGGAUUAUAUGGAGAAGAUGCAGUUCUCGAUGGAUCGCUUUUUCGCUAAGAUGCCGACUCAGAAACCAAUCCAACGAGGCUCUUGGAGCCUGGAAAUUGGACAGCCUUUGUGCACGCCACCCGGGGACCCUCAUGAGCUGCAGCGGUUCUCUCAGCGGGCUGAUUUGACUAUCGACGAGUGUCACCUGCGGGUGGACUGGCAGACUCUCCGGCGCCUUCCGUUGUCAGGUGCAGUGGUUUUCAAUUUCAAGGCGCUUUUUACCCCGGUAACGGAAUUCCGGGAGGAACCUGGCGUACCUAGUUUAGUGGUGAAACUUUUAACAGAAGGAACGAAGAACCUCAUGGAUUAUAAAGGUGUUUGGCAUCUUCAGCAUGUUGUACUUCUCACGUUGGAGGAAUGGAUGGAGGAGCAGAAGGAGAAUGGGUUAGUUCCGCAAGAUUAG